UAUCAAGGAUCAUGCAAGAAAUCAGGAACCUUUGAUGCCACAGACACUCUGAAUGUGUGUCCCAAAGUGGGGAGUUUUCAUGAGGAAACUGAAGAUAAGACAGCAAUGGAGGCGGUCUUUAAGUGUCAAUUCCAACCAAUUCCUGGAAACGUUGUGUACGACGUCCAGUGGUAUAUCGACGGAACGCUCCUCGAUAACGCCAAAUACACUGGGGUCAGUUACAGUAACAUUAAUGAUACAGCCCUACGGACAAAGCACUGGGUGAACAACUUCACUCUGAGUUUUCAGUUAUCUUGCGCUGUAAGAGUUAGAAAUGUAACGACUGGGAUACAGGGAGAUUUUACUGAAAGUUAUCCAUAUUUUGCGGGCAUAAAGUCAAGUCAGCUCCAGUAUUUUGUGUUUGAGGGGGAGACAAUUCAGAUAAGUCUGGAGGCUACAGUGCCAUUCAGCUGUCCUUCUACUCUGAGUGACGCAAUGAAAGACUCCCACUGUAAUUUCCAAUUUUAUAUCUGGACCCCAGGGGAGGGACAGUGCGUGAAUGGUCUUACUAGCAACGGAGUGGCCUUCAAGGAUAACCCUUGUGGAGUUACAUUUGGUUAUAAAGACAAAACGGCAUCUAUCAGUGUCACUGGUUAUAUUGACGGAAUGGUCAAUUUCAGGGAGAGAAAAUCUACCUUGAGGAUUGCUUCUACAAGAAAUCCAAUGGAUUCCACUGGAAUAUGGAACGGAGCAAAGAUUCCGGAUAUUACAGUUACCGUAAAAGACAAAGACUCCUUGGUAUCGGGUAAGUUAUGUGCUUCCUACACGGAUCCUCACCAAAGAACAUUCGACGGGAGGUACUUCUCCAACCAACGGGCUGGAGAGUUUUUGCUGUACAGGCACAAAACGUUGCCCUACACGGUGCAUGUUUUGUUUUCUGCAUGUGUUUGGAGACGCGCCACAUGUAAUUGUGGUAUUGCCAUAAGAAAUGGCAGGAGUCUCUUUUCUGUUCGCACAUGCGCCGAGAUAUCUACAAGUUGGACAAAGACUUUGACAAUACCAGAAGAAAAAACCGAAAUAUGUAAUGAUAACGAUCUCCACAUUGAAAAAUUUUGGCGCUAUUACACGGUUACUUUUCCGAGCGGUACGGAGGUGUCGUUCUCGAUUUCCUGGUGGAGUAACUGGGUGGGUAGUAUUCGAAUUAGAGCAUCUGUUUCUGAUAUUGGGGAAACGGAGGGCUUGUGUGGACCCGCCAAUAAUGAUGUCACAGAUGACUUCAUUCCUAGAAAUGGACAGAGGGCUACAGAUCUAAAUAGCUUCGCAGAAUCAUGGAGAAUACCAUGGAAUUCUGCUGAGGAAAGUCUAUUUGUGAAAAAUCCAAAACUCUUAACGAAAUCCUUUUCCUAUUCCUCCGAGGGCAACACAGACAAAGAGAAUUAUUGUACGUGCCCGUCUGAUGAGCCACUGGAUCCUUACAGUCCAGACUUUGAGUCUCGAAAUCAGGCCCACUGUAACCAGACGACACCAAGCUCUGUGUGUGGCAGUCAGGUUUCCAUGGUGAUGGAUUCUUCUGCAUGUGACACCACCUCACGUAGAAGAAAGCGUUCAGUUGAAUCAGAUGAUGUUGGGGACUCUACUGUACUUACCUAUGCUACCGAUUACGAUGAAACAGCUGUCUUCAAUGUAAGUGACUGGAUUAAUGGAUGGAACGCCACGUCAGCCAGGAAAUAUUGCACUGACGCCUUUACCUUUGACCCCGCUGUGGAGACGUGUAAUUCACUUGUCAACAUCUCUUCAGAGUCUUACAUAGACAGUUGUGUGGAGGAUAUCAAAAUGUCUGGAAAUACAACGUGGGUAGAUGAUACACUAGACACACUAAAAGGGGCGUGUCUUACGGAGGCCAAGAAACAGGAAGUGUUUUAUACUAACUCCACCUCUAACUCCUCCUCGGAGUUGUCAAUCAUCCAACUGAUCACAGCUCAACUUUGUCCCGCCAACUGCUCUGGAAAUGGAGAAUGCAAAGAUGCUGCGUGUUUCUGUCGUAACGGGUUUAUUGGGAGUGAUUGCUCUGUCCGUUUGUCAGUGCCACCAACUGACUUUUCUUUGCCGUCCAGUGGAAUUUGUGAUACAAGAAAACGAUCAUGUCAAAAAACAAAUAUUGUAGGCAAAUUCUACUCUGAAAACGUCGUUGCAAAGAUGUUGUAUUUUGAGAUAGAAGAAAUGGAAGUGUCAGAGUCUUUUUCUGUGACCUCAAAUGCAACUUUCCGUCACUUCAACCUGAUCACUGUGACGUUGCCUUCCGUUUCUGCGUCUACUCGACGUCGACGUCGCUCAGUGAUGGAUGGUGUUCAUGGUUGGAAUAUCUCGCUUAGUUAUGAUGGUAUAACCUUCAGUGAUCUUGUGACUUUAUUGGUGUAUGACAGUCAGAGAUACUCGUGUGACACAAAGACUCUAACGUGCCAGAAGAUGAUAAGUGAGGCGAGAUCCUCAUCCAAAUCAGGUCCUGACGUCAACAUUCCUGCCAUUGCUGGUGCUACAGGUUUUGCUACUGUAGCAGUUGCUGUAAUUGUAAUUGUUAUUGUUCUCAUUAAAAAGAAAAGGUUUCCAGAAGGUCGCGCCCAGUCUGUUAUAGGUAUACAGAAGGAAGACGGUCUGAAAACGAUACCAAGAAAUGACGCUGGGUCUCUGUGGGUGGGGGGUACUGACUACGGUCAGCCCAUACCGUCCCUGCCCCCAACUUCUUAUGUCUACCAGCAGAAACGGGAACCCACUGAUAUAUCUCUGCAUUUUGAAGAAAAGAAUUAG